GCGGUCUCCCAAAUACAUCAUCGGUGACUUGCGAGAAACGAAAACUCGAAGCCAUCAAACACAAUAUAUAAACCGGAGAUCCAAAGAGACACGGAUUCGAAAAUAGCAUUCUACUUCUGAAGGAGGAGUCGGCGACGAUCUGUGAAGAUACAUAUAGAGACAGACAGACGAGAAAUUUGAAGAGAGAGAGAGAGGGGGGAUGGUGCUAUGGGAGAUCACACUAGGAACAGCUUACUUCUUGGGAUUGAAGCGGACUUACAGGCUCGCUUUGAAGAUUCAACGCCGCCUCAUUAGCCCAAGGCAUCCAAAGAUCCGUCGAUUCGUCCACGGGCGAACGAGGGCUGCAUUUGAUGUGGCACUUAAGGUUCACAAGAACGUACAGGAAAGAGAUAUUGAAGUUGGUCGGAGUCUGGGCAACAGGAUCCUCCGAUGCCUUGACAGGAUGAAACCAUCAGCCCAGAUCCGUGGCCCACCCACCUCUUCAUCUGGUAAUGCAAACGCAAACAUGACAAAGCAGUUCACCAAAUCAUCUGGUCAGAAAAUUCCUGGGGGCUUCCAAAGAUACAGCAGUCCAGUUGGGAAUAAUAGAGAAGCUGAUAGGCAGCUGUUUAGCUCAUCGAGAGGCAUAUGGCCUAAAUCUUUUCCCACCAUUGCAAUGAUGAUGAGGCCAGCUGAUCCUGCCGGAACUAACACACAGUACAGGCGCCUGAGCUUCUCCAGCUUGGAAGCUUUUAGAUCAUCGAGCAACAACAGGAACGGUGCUGCUGAGGGAGUGAUCAGAAAGGAUAUUAUGCAGUGGAUGAUGCUGCCAAACUAGUUGAAGAAACUAAACCUUCUAGUGUUUUUUUCAUGGGACAAAAAUGGGGUACCCGGAACGAUGAUCCUGUGAAUUCUUCUGGCGUUUUCCUGGCUUUUAAGAACACGCUUUUGUGUUGAUUUCUUGCUGUUCUGUUCUCAUCGCAUUACCGCCUUCUCCAGGCUUUUUGGUCUUUCGUUUUACUACUGGGUAGGCUUUUUGUAUAUUUUUUGUAGACCGUCUCUGCUGGAAACACCAAGGUUUCAAGAUGUAAUAUAGGUUGCGGCUGCAUUCUAAUUGUC